AUGAGGACUUCAACCAGUCUGGCCCUGGCCGCCUUUGCGCCCAUGACUCUGGCUCGCUUCCUUGACUUUGCUCAGCCCGAACGAAGAGAUCACCCCAUGCCUGAGAUGCCUGAGAUGCCUGAGAUGCCUGAGAUGCCCGCAGUACACGCACCCGCAGCAGAGGCUCACAAGGGUCUCGCAGGUCUCGAAGGACUCAAGGGCCUUGAGGGUAUCACCAAGGGACACAAAACCGAGAUCAUCAUCAUCUGGGCGAACCCCGGAGCUGGCGCUGAGACUACCACCAUCAACGAGAAGGUCACAGUUACCGAGACCAUCACCAAGGGAGGAGACGCUGCUGCCACUCCUCCUCCUGCUGCUGCUCAGCACACUGUUACUGUUGGCGGACCCGGAGGUCUAGUCUACCAGCCCGAGGAGCUGCACGAUGUCCCUAUUGGUGAUACCGUCGUCUUCGAGUUCCUGUCCCAGAACCACACUGUCUCCCAGUCUGGAUUUGACACACCUUGUACUUUCAUGGAGGGUGGUAUGGACUCUGGCUUCAUGGCCAACCCCAACAACACCGUCGUUCCCCCUCCUCAAGUCGCCAUGCAAGUCAUGGUUGACACUCCUUUGUGGUUCUACUGCAAGCAGGGCAACCACUGUGGCCAGGGCAUGGUCUUCUCCAUCAACCCUACAGCCGAGAAGACACAGGCCAAGUUCAAGGAGCUCGCCAUCAAGCAGAAGGGUGACGGUGCUGCCACUCCCAUCACAGGCGGCGCGCCUGCUCCUCCCGCCGCUGCUCCAGCUGAGUCGAAGCCCGCUGAGGCCGCUCCUGCUCCCCCAGCAGCUGCACCCGACGCUGCGAAGCCCGAGGCUACAGGAGUCGUACCCGGCCAGGGCACAAUCGGCGCCGAUGGCAGCUGUGUUUGCAUGGUAUCCUGCUCAGCUAGUGGCUUCCCUGCCCAGGCUCAAGGCAUUAAUUCGUUUGGCGGCAUGGCCGGUGCUCUGCCAUACAAGAUGUAG